AUGGCGGCUGGCAGCCGCUUGAACCACUGCCUCAUGGAACUGACGAAGCAGUGCCAGGAUGUCCUCGAGGAAAACCGGAGGCUGGAGACGGAGGUGCAAGAGCUGGGUGGAAAGCUGCGUGAGGCAAAAGGAGGUCCGAAGGAGUCGUUGGAGCCAGAGGUGCUCGAGAUCGAUCAUCCCUUUGCUCCAGAAGCGGUUUCCAGAACGACCAAUGGCCCACGUGUAUCCUUCGACCACCUUGUUUGCACAAAGCCAGCUUGGGAUGAAUCCACUUCCAAGUCUCCGAGCCCCACGAAGGCCAAUGCGAACAGAGUAGCUUUGGACUCAGGCGCAGAUGAGGGACCACCGGAGGUGGAAACAUUGUCUGGUUUGAGGAUUGGUAUGUUGAGGAGUCCCACGGUAUUCCCCGGAGAGAAAGCACCCUGGAGCAUGCCAGAGCUACUGCAACUGAUCCGUGGAGAAUGCUGUGCAGCACCAGGCCGCGGAAGCAUCGUACAACGCUUCGCCGAUGGUAUGCUUUUCAGGACCAUGUGCGUACUGGCCAUUGGAGCGAACACUGUUUAUAUUGGAUAUGUGGCAGAUGCCCACCUAACGAACAGCUACAACCGUAUGAUGGGACUGGAUCAUUAUCAGCCUGCUGUCUAUCCGGACAUUCUUUUUGCAGUGUGGUUCACCUUGGAGCUGAUGGUGCGCAUUCUCGCAGAGAAGGUGUCGUUCUUUACAGGUGAAGACAUGUGGUGGAACGUGUUCGAUGUCUUCCUGGUUUUGAACGCCAUCAUUGAAUUGUCGGCCCCGGAGGGCGUGAUAGAUCUGUCGUUACUGCGAGUCUUCCGCGUCUUCCGACUGGUCCGCGUAGUAAGAGUGGUGCGAACAGUGAAGGCUUUGAGGAGCUUGCGUACAAUGCUCUUCGCAAUGCUGAACUCCUUCUCUGCCCUUCUGUGGGCCUUCGUUUUGAUCGGCAUUGUCAUGUUCGUCUUCAGCGUGAUUUUUGAUAUGGCGAUCUCAUACUCUUAUGAUUCAAUGGAUCCUAGCAGCAGUGGCGACAGAGCCGAGGUCGAGAGGAUAAACAGGUACUUCUCCACGCUCUUUGACACGAUGGUUGCUCUUUUCUGCUCCAUCACUGGAGGAAAUGACUGGUGGAUGUAUGCGGAACUCUUGCGAGGCAUUUACUUUGGAGAGGUGUAUUUUGUGCUUUUUGCCUUCUACGUCGGCUUGAGCUCGGUUGGCGUCUUGAAUGUUGUAACAGGGAUUUUUGUCGACAGUGCGGUGUGCACUCGCACAGAGGAUGAGGUGGUGGAGUCUUGGACGGAAGACCAAAAGAGAACUGCAGAGGAAGUCAGGAGAAUCUUCAAAGAGGCAGAUCGAGACAUGAGUGGUUCCAUGACAUACAGGGAGCUGGAGAACCAUUUGCAGAACCCCUGGGUCAAGGCAUACUUCUCGGGUAUGGAUAUCGAUGCCAGCGAAGCAGCGAUCAUCUUCACGCUAAUGGAUUCGGAUCGGGACAAUGAAGUCACGAUUGACGAGUUUGUGGACGGAACGAUGAAGCUGAAAGGGCAUGCGAAGAGUAUCGACAUAUUGUCAGUCAUGUACGACAAUGCCAAAUUUCAGGCGAAAUUCAGCAUCUUUUGCUCACACGUCGAAGACCAGCUGGUCGACAUGAAGAACCUCAUAACCCCAGGAGCUGGUGACAAGAUGGAGAGGAUGUAUCGCCCAGCGAACCAGCAGGUUGAUUACGUGAAGUGCUUCAACAAGUUGCGCACGGCCGAUCUGGGCCAGACAGCAGACCCUGCUCCAGAUGAUUUGAGAUGUGAUCCAAUUCUUCCAACCCAUCAUGGCUAG